CGUUACGCGCGGGCGCACUACUGGGGCCAAGGAAGGAAGAAAUGUGGUCGCGGUUGGUGUGGCUGGGCCUUCGGGCCCCUCUGGGCGGGCGCCAGGGCUUCACGUCCAAGGCGGAUCCUCAGGGCAGUGGCCGGAUCACGGCCCAGGUGAUCGAGCACCUGGAGCGUCUAGCGCUUGUGGACUUCGGCAGCUGCGAGGCAGUGGCGCGACUGGAGAAAGCUAUCGCCUUCGCCGACCGGCUACGUGCGGUGGACACUGACGGGGUGGAGCCCAUGGAGUCGGUCCUGGAGGACAGAUGUCUAUACCUGAGAUCCGACAAUGUGGUAGAAGGCAAUUGUGCUGAUGAAUUACUACAAAACUCCCAUCGAGUCGUGGAGGAGUAUUUUGUGGCCCCCCCAGGUAAUAUCUCUUUGCCAAAGCUGGAUGAACAAGAGCCAUUCCCACACAGCUGAGUAGCUCAUUCUGGAAAGCGGGUACUCUGUGACCAUGUGGAAGCACAAUGACAGUAUUUUCUUACUGUGAACACUAAUGUUCCUGCUUUUUUCAGUCACCUGAAAAAAUGGAUGCUCAAGCAUUUCUUAACAGAUUCUUCUGAAGACACAACUGGGAAACAUCGGGCCCCAAAAAUGAGUUCCUGAUGCUAACUGAGGUGAAAGGAAAAGCAAAAGUCAGCUUCCAGGGAAUUCACUUAACAAGCCUGUUCAGUAUGGAAGACAUUAUUUAUCUGCCUUUAACUCCCCGCAAAGGACUGUUCCAACUGCAUGAAAAUGUCUUCUAUCUACAUAACUGGUAGAUGGAGCAUCUUGAUCACUAUAUGACAACCCUGGCUGUCAUUUUUAGUUGCCUAUCUGCAGUGAUUUGAGCAGCCCUAUUUUUACCGAACAUACCUGAAUUUGUUCUUGGGCUUCCACUCUCUUCCUAGAAAAGGGCUAACUUCCUACUAAGGUCUGAAGUGUUCAAAGUAGACUAGAGCUUGGGAACUCCUAAUCUAGAACUAUCUGCCAUCCCACAAAGUGAUUAUAUGCCAAAGGGAUACUAGUCAUACGUAGUGUUUCUUUCUGAAAAGAGAACUUAUCCUAAAAUCAGCCCUGGGUCUGGGAAAAAGGAGCCCUCUCCACCCCCAAAAUGAUUAUUAAAUUGAGAUAAGUCCAAGAUAAAACUCAGGAUACCAAGGAUAAAUGAAACUUAUUUAGGGAUAAAAGUGAUAGAAUCAGAGAGUAUUUCCUCUAACCAAACUGCCAAAAUUGGUUUUGGCUAAGAAUUUGCCAAUAGUAUUUACGUUGCUUGUCAUUUUUUUAGUUUUCUGAGACAGGGCCUCACUCUGUCACCCAGGCUGGAGUGCAGUGGUGUGACCACAGAUAACUUGCAGCCUCCUGGGCUCAAGUGAUCCUCCCACCUCAGCCUCCUAAGUAACUGGGACUACGUAUGUGCAUCACCACGUCCAGUUAAUUGUUUAAGUAGAGAUGGAGUCUUGCUAUGUUGCCUAUCUGGUCUUGAACUCCUGGCCUCAAGGGAUCCUCUGGCAUGCUUUGGCCUCCCAAAGUGCUGGGAUCACAAGCAUAAGCCACCGUGUGUUUAUUUUUCCCAUUCCCUUCCUUUAUCUGCAAUGCUUUUUUCUUCUUUAAGGCAGCCUAAUUUACAAGCUUGGCCUUGAAUUAAAAGAGAACCCAGAACCCACUCUUAGAGUUUACAUUCUCAAACCAAUAUCAGCAACUAUCUAUCCCCAUAUAAAUAAAGUUAUCUACCCCUGCUCCUUACUAACUGGGUACAAGUUAUGAUUACAACUCAGUGAUUUUUAAAAUUAGUGUGCCUAUUUUGUGAAAUCUGUGUACUUAAUCAAGGACAACCACACAUGUCAAUUACUAAACGUUUAAAAUAUAUUUCUAAACAGAAUGGGCCGACUCAGUCACAGUAACUGUUGAUCUCCAUAGUAGAGCAACCCACAAAGACAGAACUGAUUUUUUUCCCAUAAUCAGGGGUGAAAAAUAUACAACUUGUUUCUGAACCAAAACCACAAUUUCUGCAGUUUAAAAUGUUUCACUGCUAAUAUGGCCCUGGUAGAAAUUAUGUAGUUUUUUUUUUCUUCUUUAAAAAAAAAAAAAUUAAAAAAAUUUCCUAAGACACUAAAUCCUCAAUCUGGAAUGUAGAUUCUGAGCACAAAGCAGCUCAGUUAACCUAAAAAAUAAAGAAAAAAUUCCCAUCACCUGUCUCAGUAGGGCCUGAAAGGAGAGAAGUAGUGUGGGGAACCCCUGCUUUGGUAUGGAGAGUCACGGCCCCUUGACCCAGACCGAGACCGUGAGUAGCCAUAGCUGGUGCUUCUCUCAGGAUAAACUCGGAUGUAGGAAGUUUCACCCUGAAAUGCAAACAAAACCGAAAAGAGUAAUGGGGAAAAAAAUCAGAGCCAGAAGAAUAAGCAAACCAACAUCUAACAAUAAUAGUUAAAUAUUGAGCACUUACUGUGUACUCUGUACCUGGCAUUAGGCUAUCUCAUUAAACCCUCAUAACAUUAUGAGGUAGGUACUCUUACUAUCCCACUUCAAGAAUGAAGAAAAUUAAGACUUAAAUUAUAUCAUUUGCCCAAGGUAACACAAUAAAUGCCAAUUUGACAUGUUGAUACUCAAUUAACUAUUAUAAACAAUAUAUCUGAAUUACUGCCAUUGACCCCCUUUAAAGCUAAGAACUGGAAAGGAUCUCAGGGGUCAUAUAGUUUAAUCCCCUGCCACCUAAUAUAUGCAUCUUUGGAUGGGCAUCUAUGGAAGGAGCUAACCUGUAUUUAAUACCUUCCAGAUGUGAGGACCUGAGCUAGAUGCUUUAGAUGUUAUCCUCUUGCUCUAGAUUCCUGACAGGGCUUGUGAAGGUGCUAUUAUGUGACCAUUUUGCCCAUGAAGGAAUCAAGGUUCCAAGAGUAGUUAAGGUAAGGAAUUAAUAAGCAGCAAAGGAGUCAUGUCCAGGCUGACUUGUCCCCAGGCCCUCUGCCUUCAGCCAGCAUUCUCGGAAGAUCCUAAGAUGCCAAGGGGAAAGAACCCGGAUGCUUUUUCACCUUAGGUGAACGUCAAUAAUUGGAGUUACCCUUUCUGAAGCCCUGCUUUGCAGUAUAACUGAGGAUCAAAUGCUGUUCUGUUUCUGCUCCAAAUUCAAGUCCUAGAGGACAGUCUGAACAAAAGCAUCAUUAAACUAUGGAAGGACCAACCUCUAAGCCAAAAACUAGGGAAUUAUAUGAAUCCUCAGAAAAAGCAAUGAGCCCAGAGACCUGUGUCUCCAAACAUCUGUAAAUCUCAUAGUAAGGCAGGACAGAAUAACCAGAAAAAAUGUCCAAUUGGUGGUCUGGUUUCUGGUCUCAGUGGUACCAAAGGGAUAGUCACCACUUCAGUCAAACUGAGAUCCAAAACAGCAGCUGCUUUCCUACAAGGAAGGACAUCAAGAACUACUGAGUCUCAAGGGUGAGAUAAUUAACCACAAGAAAAUGUCACGGUUUAGCCUGGCACAGUGGUGCAUGCCUGCAGUCCCAACUACUGGAGAGGCUGAGGUGGGAGGGCUGCAUGGGCCCAGGAGUUCAAGGUCAGCCUGGGUAAUAUAAUGAGACUCUGUCUCUAAAAUCAAAAAUUAGAGAAAUAUAAAAAUUAUAAAAUUAAAAAAGAAAAUGUCACAAUAGCUCAGGUUUCAGAGAGGAUCCUGCACUACUCUGGGAAAAAAGUGAAGUGACAGCUCAGCCCUGACAGCAGGACCUAGAAGGGCUGAGAUGAAGAGGCUGGCCUAUAGAGCUCAGCCUAGAUCCACAGAAGGGGCAGCUGAAUUCACAGAGGGAUACUGCCAUUUAACCUGGUUGUGAAUGGGGUGAUAUCAAGACCAACUGCACUAGUAUUCUCUCCAGGUUACAAAUACCAUGACCAAACUGUGUUAUGUGAUACUAAUACGCAGAAUAAAGCAUAUUAAAAAACAAA